AUGCCCACCCUCGAAAUCUCCAUCCCAACCACUUCCCUCUCCCCAACAUCCCCCCCCUACACCCUGUACAACAUCACCCUCCGCCUCCCUCUACGCUCCUUCACACUCUCAAAACGCUACUCCGACUUUUCCUCCUUCCACACAGCUCUUACCUCCCAAACAACCUCCCCACCACCAUCCCCCCUCCCCCCGAAAUCCUGGUUCGCAAACACCGUCUCCAACGCAUCCCUCCGCGAAGAACGCCGCAUAGGACUCGAAUCCUACCUCCGCGCAAUAAACAAUGACCCAGAUCCUCAGUGGCGCAACUCCAGCGCCUGGCGCGCCUUCCUGAACCUACCGAAUACCCCAUCAGGCGCGACAGGCACCAACGGUUCACAUACGACGUCCGCACGGCUCCAUGCGGCGAUAACUGAUCCAGCGGCUGCGUCGGGGCCCGGUGGAGGCGGGAAGGCGAUUACGGAUCCGACGCUGUGGCUUGAUUGUUUCCGGGAUAUGAAGGCGCAUUUGCACGAUGCACGACUGCAACUCACGCGGCGGGACCAAGAGACCACGCCGCAGAAGCAGCAUGAGAGUUCGGCGAUGGCGAAGAGUGCGCUUGUGCGUGCAGGAUCGCUAAUCGCGGCCUUGGAGGAAGGGUUGAAGAAUCUGGGGGACAUGUCGUCUUCGAAGGGGAAGAAUGGGGGCGAUAGUCGAAGUCAAAGCCGGGAACGGAAGGGGAAUGGCUGGAGCGAUGGGGUUGUUCUUGGUGAUGGGGAGCUGCGACGACGGAAGGAUCUUCUUGUGAAUGCGCGGAAGGAGAAGGAUGGGUUGGAGGACUUGUUGAAUGCAAUGGCUGCUAAGGGGAGGAUUGAUAAUGCCGUUGCAUCGCUUGAGGAUAAAGAGGCGCUUGUUGGGAGUGCGAGAACUCGCAAACCGGCUCGUUCGGGGAGAGUCCUUGGUAAAGAAACAGAGCGGACGCGCGAGUUGGAUAAUCAGGGUGUGUUGCAGUUACAGAGGGAGACGAUGCAGGAUCAGGAUCUGGGUUUGGAGGAGUUGAGGAAGAUCGUGGCGAGGCAGAAGGAGUUGGGGAUUGCAAUUAAUGGCGAGUUGCAGGUUCAGAAUGAUCUGCUAAGGUUGGCGGAUGAGGAUGCUGAUCGGUUACAAGGAAAGCUUGAUAUCAGCAAGAAGAGGUUGGGGAAGAUCUCUUGA